AUGACAGAGGGAGGAGCCGAGAGUCACACCGGCACAGAUCAUGACAGGACCCCCCCCUCAAGGGACGGCAUCCUGAUGUCCCCAGAGAUGCAAAAAGCCCCUACGGAUACCAGGGCAUCCUGGAGUGUAGAGGGGAUCCUGGCAAAGGGGGGCCUGAAAAACCUCCCGGCGGACCGGUGUGGAAAACCUCCGGGUAGACUGGCUGAAGAACCUCAGGGCGAACAGACUGAAGAACCCCAGGGCGGACGGGCUGAAGCACCUCCCGGACGUGGAAAACCUCCAGACCAGGAUGUUGUAACCCCUCUGGACCACACCAUGGAGAAACCUCCCGACCAGGACGACUUUUAUAUACCCUCCAACUUCAACUAUGUGGUCGAAGCGGUAAAAGACGUGGCUGGCUUCGAUGAGGACAAAAACAUCUAUAAAACUCCAUCACUAGCUUUGAAGCUUGGUCACAGUCUAAAGAAGAUUGCAGAUAUUCUCACGUGCGAGGCACAGAUGGCUGGGUCUGAUGGUGAGGGAUUUCUGAAAAAUGUGCAGAAGAGCCACAGUUUGUAUGAGAAAAAGUGGGAUGUGUGCGUGUCAUCGCGAGCCUUACAAACUCUAAGAGAGGCUAAGUGGAACACUCCCCACCUUGUCCCUUUCACUGAAGAUGUGAAGGCGAUGCACGUGCAUCUUGAUAAGUGCAGGGAAGAGUACAAGAAAACAUUUGAAAAUGAUCCAAAUAAGAAAAACUGGUCCAAGCUUGCUACUUUGAGUCUGUGUGAGGUCAUUUUGUUCAACCGCAGGAGAGAGGGUGAGGUGUCAAAGAUGCCACUGAGUGCUUUUACCCUUAGAGACACCUCAGGAGUACACUCAGAUCUGGCAGAAGGACAUUCCCCAUUGGAGCAAAAGCUUUGCCAGCAUUUUCAGCACAUAGAAAUAAGGGCGAAGAGAAACAGGAAAGUUCCCAUCCUUCUGACACCAGACAUGCUCAGUUCAAUGGAAGUGUUGGUUGCACAUCGGAGGACCUGUGGCAUUCCUGAUGAAAAUUCCUUUUUCUUCUCGAGACCUGAGGCAGAGACUCAUCUGAGGGGAUCAGAUGCCAUCAGACAGAUUGCGAAGGAAUGCGGAGCCAAACAUCCUGAAACUCUUUCCUCAACCAAACUGAGGAAGCAGAUUGCCUCACUGUUGACAGUCCUGAACCUGAAGGAUCAUGAGAUGGACAUACUGGCAAAUUUUUUUGGCCAUGACAUUCGGGUCCAUAGACAGUAUUAUAGACUACCUGAAGGAACUCUGGAGCUGGCAAAAGUCAGCAAAGUGCUGUGUGUGCUGGAACAAGGACAACUGUCAGACUUCAAAGGAAUGAGCCUGGACCAAAUCUAAAUCAGUCCUGAUGAGCAAGUGUUAGAAGCUGUGGAAAGUGACGUCUCAGACAUGGAGACAGACAAGGACUCGAUUUUCAGCAGUCCGUCUUCAGG